UUUCAAGACUAAACUAAGAGGAAAGAAUUCAGGUACGAGAACUGUAAAUAACCAAUAGCAGUCUGAUUUCGUUGCUCUCCUGACACUAUACGCCUCUCGCACAAUUAAGUGCGUAUAUAUGAUGAAUUGUUGAGCAGAAUAUACGAUUUUGAAGGGUUUCUGUUAGUUGACUUGGUAUGAAGUUGGUGUGGGAUUUUGGAACUAAUUAUGAUUACUGGUGGAUGUAAAUGGAAGAUGUUGGAAGUGAUGGUGCCUCGCCAGUGUCACCAUUGGCGAAGUGGAGAAAUGAUUUUUCCAGGGCGUUUCAGUAUUAUUUGGAUAGGUCUGCUCCUCAUAUAGCCAAAAGGUGGCUUGGAACACUUGCUGCGGCAGCAAUAUAUGUCUUGCGUGUUUAUUAUGUACAGGGGUUUUAUGUUAUCUCAUAUGGCCUGGGAAUCUAUAUCUUGAAUUUGUUGAUUGGGUUUAUGUCUCCGAAGGUUGAUCCAGAGCUUGAAGUGUUAGAUGGGGCUUCUUUGCCAACUAAAGAAACUGAUGAAUUUAGGCCCUUUGUCCGUCGCCUGCCUGAAUUCAAGUUCUGGUAUGCAACUACAAAGGCUUUCUGUGUUGCCUUCCUCAUGACCUUCUUCUCUAUAUUUGAUGUCCCUGUAUUCUGGCCCAUUUUAUUCUUUUACUGGGUUUUUCUGUUUUUCCUCACUAUGAAGAGGCAGAUUACUCAUAUGAUCAAAUAUAGAUACGUCCCAUUCAACUUUGGGAAGCAGAGGUAUGCUGGGAAGAGGUCUGCUGAAAGUACUAGUGGUUCGUUUAAAGACUGAAUUUGGGGGGACGCAUUAGUAUGUGGAGUUCGUCACAAUGUCAUGAAGUUUUUGAAGUGAACAUGUGACUCAAACGUGUAAUUUGUAUAUAACUUGCUAACAGAAACACAAAAACAAACAUGACUUGUAAUUAUGAUGGCUGGAAGCCGACGGUUUAAUUGAUAGUCGUGUUGGUGUUCUA